UUUACCAGGAUUGGUGAUUCACAACGUUCUAUGAUAAUGAAUGGAAUAAAUAGUUACUGGCUUAUUUUAUCUAUUCUUUUGUUAGUCACUAAAAGCUGCUGGUCCCAGAGUGAAAUUUCGAAGAGCUCUAAUAAGAGAGGACAGAUAUUCAAUAACUAUACUGAGAAUGCGGAUUUCAUUGAUUUACUCAACCAACAUUCGGUUAAUGGAGAAAUUUUACAUGUCAUAGCCAAUGGAACUUCAAUAGCACAAGAAGAAUGUCAAUAUCAGUUCGAAUUCAGUACCUGGAAUUGUCCAGUAAAUAUAGCAUUGCUCGACAAAAAUGAUUCUAGGAGGGAGGCGUCUUUUGUCCAAGCAAUCACGGCAGCUGGACUCGUGUAUGCCGUGACGAUGUAUUGUAGGUCAGAGGAUCAGACAUUAUGUACAUGUGAUCAUACAAAACGGGGAGAACAAUCGGGAAUGGUUUGGGGAAGAUGUAGUGAUAACAUAAAUUUCGGGAUGAAGUUUUCAGAGCGGUUACUGAACAAGUUGGACCCUGGAAAUGAUGCAAAUUCAGCUAUGCGACGGCAUAAUUAUAAAGUCGGACUACGGGCAGUGUUACGGGGUGCAAAAUUGGACUGUGUAUGCCCUGGUAUUAAUAAAAGCUGUGCAACCAUGAGAGUAUGCUGGAAACAAGUUUCCACUUUCCGUGAAAUUGGAACUUUCUUGAAAAAACUUUAUGGACAUGCACAAUAUGUUAAAUAUAUGGACAAACAGCUUUGGUUUGAAUAUUUUGGAGUAACUCGUGAAUUGGUUUUAAGGAAAGAAUUAGCAUACUUACAGAUUUCAACUGAUAGUAUUUACAUACCACCAAUCUACAAAAACAAAGCAAUGUUAAAGAUAUACCAAAAUCUUGUAAAGAUGUUGAGGAUUGUUAAGUUGACAGAUCACUGGUUAUUCGACCCGGUUACAUAUCAACUUAUGACAUCUAAUAAUACCCACAAUGCAUUAUUUCUCACAAGACUCCAGAUUCUGUCAAAGAAUCAUAUUUUGCGUAGUAUAAGACGUGACACUUCAGCAGCACAGGAAGAAUGUCAGUAUCAAUUUAAAUGGGAAAGAUGGAACUGCCCCGAAAACAAAGCAACAAUAAGUCAAGAAUUCGCCACCAGAGAGGCUGCUUUUGUGCAAGCAAUCACUGCAGCUGGUGUAAUUCACGAAAUUGCAAAAAUGUGCAGCUCUGGAAACGAAAAGUUCUGUUCAUGUGAGAUCACAAAAUAUAAACAAGAUCCAAUAGACAACAUUCAAACCUUUUAUUGGGAUGGCUGCAGUAACAAGAUCAAAUUUGGAGGCACAUUUACUUACGAGUUACUAAAGGAGUUUACUUCUGGAAAGGACGAAAAUGCAGCUAUGCAUCUACAUAAUUAUGAAGUUGGGUAUAAGGCAGUUGAAAAGACAGCCAAAACAAAGUGUACGUGCCAAGGCAAAGGUUGUACCUUCAUAAUAUGUUGGAGACAAGUUUCCACAUUUCGCCAUAUUGGAAGUUUUCUUAAAAACCGCUACAAAAAAGCAAAACAUGUACAGUUUCUUGAUGGUCAGUUACACCAAAGAAAAUAUAAAACCACUCAAAAAGUAACCAAGAUUAAAAACAAGCAUUUGACGUACUUGCGAAAAUCCCCGAACUACUGCACGAAAAAUCAGGUACACAACAUUGAAGGGACUACAGGGAGACAGUGUUCUCGUAAUAAAAACACAACGGACGUUUCAGAACGAAAGAGUUGUAAAACAUUGUGUGUGUCAUGUGGAUACAAAGUAAUUAGAAAACACAAUAAGUAUGUUUGUUUGAAGUAGGUUACAUUUUAUUAUUAUUUUCUUUUUCUUGUUUAUUUAGUUGGUAAAUAGAAGUUAAUAUGCAAAGAUAUGGUUAUACUCACGAAAUACUUUUGAUCAAAUAUUUUCAAGAUGUAAACAACACCACUUAUAACUAUGUACAUGUAGUAAUAUAAUCAGUAUGUUG